AUGAAGUUAUCGCAACGUUCGGGUGCAAUCAAUCAACGAAUUGUCAAGUCGAUGCAGCAGCCCAUGGCGCGUCCAGCUCUUGUUGCACGAGAUGCAAGGGUCAAUUGGCCUGUUCUUCCUCCCAAGAGCCACCUCGCCGAGGUUAUCGAGAUCUUUUUUGGCAACCAAUACCAGGGAAUCUUUCCAUUCAUUCACAAACCAUCCUUUGUUGAUUUCCUCCUGUCUGACGCCUUCAACCCUGACUCCUACAUUGCAGAAUACCAUUCGCAUAUCAAAUCAGAAUCCUAUGUGUCCAAUAUGUCGCAUCCAGACCCCGUGUUGCUACUAUCCAUCCUUGCACUCUGCUCCAGAUUACAUUACCAGACAUCCUUGGCAUAUGCUGGGUUUCUGGAAGACAUCUCUCCGGAGACUUUUCAACCAGAUGUAUCUGCUUGGCACCGUCCAACUCGGCAUAGACCGACAAUUGACUUGGAAUCGGCAUCCAAUGCGUCAAAGUACUUUGGCUGGCAUGCUCGUCAGCUCAUGAAGGAUGUAUUCGAUAGUCCGACGGUUCAGAGGAUCCAGGCAUUCACUCUCCUUAGUAGCCACGAGUGGGGUGAAGGAAACAACUCGAGAAGUUUCUUGUACAUUGGAAUAGCUGCUCGAAUGGCACUUGUUUUGGGCCUCGGAAACGAAACUAAUGAACAGGACGAUACUAUCACUGACAAUAAUAUCAGACAAAUCGUCAUUGAGAGCAAGAGACGGUCUAUUUGGUCUGUUUACAUGAUGGAUAGGUGUAAUUCAAGUGGCCGCCAAAGAUCACCGGCUAUUCGCAUUGAGGAUAUAAAGAUCAAUUUGCCGUCCCUGGAAAACGAUUUUAUAUUUGGCAAUGCCAACCAGUCGUUGACAUAUACUCAAUUCAAAGACCACUUGGGCUCUACAGAGAACGAUUCCAAACUCGAAGUACCGUUGGUAGGGUUUUCCAUAAUGACCUUCGAGAUCUGGGCCAAAAUAGCAAAAUGGGUAGGCGAAGUUGGUGCCAAAUACGAAACGGAUUCUCCCUGGCUUCCAGAAUCGAAAUUUCAUGAAUUGUCCCUGAGUUUGGAUCGUGUUGAGGAGCUUCUACCUCUGAACUUCAAGCUUACCCAAUUCAACUUGAAGAUGCACAUACAACUCGGCACUGCAACACAUUUCGGCUACUUCCACGGUCUUUUCCUUACCUGUCGAAUUUUCUUGAACAGGGAAUACUUAUUCUGCAACCCACGCUCAUUCCCUGAUGGCUGGUGGAAAGAUCUCAUUCUACAACUUCUCGGUUCACUCGAACAAAUCUCAUCAAUGAUGGAAACGCUCAGAGCAAGAAAAAUGUUGGUCAUUGCACCUUUCACGGGCUUUGAGAGCUUUACUUGUGUGGUAACCUCGUUCUACUUCUCUGCUUUUCCCAAUGAGAUAUUACUUGAGAACAUUCCAAUCGAAGAAUAUGGAAUUGAAGGCACAUUGGAUGAGAUUGAGACUUGGAAAUUCAAGUAUAAGAAGCUUGCAUUGACAUGUUUGGAGCUGUUAUCCAGCUGGUCACUGGCAUGGGAGUUGGGACGCAAAUGGCAAAAACUUGCAGUAAAAUUAGGAGUUCUUUUUGGCCAAUUAGCACAAAGUGGGUCCAGCGAGUUCAAUUCAGAUUACCUCCGCCAUUCAAUGCAUGAUUAUGGAAGCAGUGAGGUUCUGGAAGUUUAUUCUCCUGGAAGCAUGGCCAAGAUGUACGAUAAAAGUGAGAGGGAGAUUAUUCGACUUUUGAAUAAGGAGAAUUCUAGUGAUGGACAAAAUCAGCUGCAAUCCAACGAAAAUGGGCCAUCAAGUGCAAUCCAGCUACUUGCUAUCCCAGCCUUCUCUUUUUCCACCAAAUAUUCCAGUAUUUACCCUGGAUGGAACGAGAGUGAUUUCAACGAAUUGAUCAUGGACGCAAAUGGGCAAACAUAA